CCCCGCGCCCCCGCCUCCAGGCCUCCCAGAGCCCCGCCACCCGGGGCGGCUCUGCUGUCGCUAGAGUCCAAGCGUGAGCCCAAAGAAUUUCCACGUCGUUGUCAGAAACAAGUUCGAGAGAAAACAUUAGACAGAGGGAACAUGCCGAAAAAGAAGACUGGUGCGCGGAAGAAGGCGGAGAACCGCCGAGAGCGGGAGAAACAGCUCAGAGCAUCGAGAAGUACUGUGGACUUAGCAAAGCACCCGUGCAAUGCUUCCAUGGAAUGUGACAAGUGUCAGAGGCGGCAGAAGAAUAGAGCAUUUUGCUAUUUUUGUAAUUCUGUUCAGAAGUUACCAAUAUGUGCACAGUGUGGAAAAACCAAGUGCAUGAUGAAGUCUUCAGACUGUGUCAUCAAGCAUGCUGGCGUCUACAGUACUGGCCUUGCAAUGGUGGGUGCAAUAUGUGACUUCUGUGAAGCUUGGGUUUGCCACGGGAGGAAGUGUCUUAGCACCCAUGCCUGUGCCUGCCCACUCACUGAUGCGGAAUGUGUGGAGUGUGAGCGAGGGGUAUGGGACCAUGGAGGCAGAAUAUUCAGCUGUUCAUUUUGCCAUAAUUUUCUUUGUGAAGAUGAUCAGUUUGAGCAUCAAGCCAGCUGCCAAGUUUUAGAAGCAGAGACAUUUAAAUGCGUUUCCUGCAACCGACUUGGCCAGCAUUCCUGUCUCCGCUGUAAGGCUUGUUUCUGUGACGAACAUACAAGGAGCAAGGUGUUUAAGCAAGAAAAAGGGAAACAGCCUCCUUGCCCAAAAUGUGGACAUGAAACUCAGGAGACAAAGGAUCUCAGCAUGUCAACUCGCUCUUUGAAAUUUGGCAGACAGACUGGAGGUGAAGAGGGAGAUGGAGCUUCUGGGUAUGACUCUUACUGGAAGAACCUGUCAUCUGACAAGUAUGCAGAUACUGGGUACCAUGAUGAGGAGGAGGAGGAUGAAGAAGCAGAGGAUGAAGAGGAGGAAGAAGAUGGGAAGGACUCAGAUGCUGAGUCCUCAGAUCUGUUCACUAGUUUGAACUUAGGAAGGACCUAUGCCAGUGGUUAUGCUCACUAUGAAGAGCAGGAGAGCUAGGAGCAGCUCCCGCCGGCACUUGGGAGAAGAACAGGCUGAAUCAUGAGAUGCUCAGACGUUCCCUCCCUUGGUCUUGUCCAAAAGGCUAGUCACACUAGGCCCAGGAGUAGGUUCUGGCAGUUUAUAGGAACUGAUACUGGACUUCUAGUGUAAGAAAAAUAAGUUAAACGUAAGGCAAAUGGAGUAUCAUGGAUUGGAUUAUUACUGAUUUCAAUCAUCUGGUAGGUUUUACCAGUUAGUUACAUAUAAAAUACAUGAUGAAGGAAAAGAAAGGAAAUAUAUUUAUUUGAAAUUAAAUUGCUGUUUUUAUUAAAAGCACUGCUUAUAAAUUCAUGUAUCUGAUUUUACAAAGUGUAACGGGUAAAAUUACUGUAUUCUUCCUUUUCUUUCUAUCCAUACAGUGAUAGUCAUGUUAUAUUCUGAAUUUUCACUGACCAUUCAUGCUGUCUUAAGUAGUCAUGUCUGUGUUAGCGGUUGACAUCUUCAUUUUCUUACACUGUAUGUGCUCACCAGUGCUGGUUAAUGCCUCAGUGACUGACAGAAAUCUAGCUGCUUUCAUACACAUAAUGCCAGGACUAGUAUUGCUGAUGCUUCACCCAGGGAAUCUCAUUUUUAAAAUAAAUCUAGUAUUAUACUUGAA